UGAGUUCACUCACCUGUAGUGUUUCCUCUGUUCUAAUUAGGCAUUAUCUACUAGACUGCAACCAGGAUUGGAGCAGCAAAUUGUUCUGCCACGAAAUUCCUAUUUACAGGAUUAUUUUGAUGACCUUGCAAAGUACAUGAAAGUAGGUCCACCAUUAUACUUUGUUGUGAAGGACUUCAAUUACAGCUCUGCGUCGGUGGAUACAAAUCAAAUAUGUUCAAUCAGCCAGUGUAAUUCAAAUUCUCUUUUGAAUGAGAUAUCACGACAAUCAUUAUCCCCUGAGACUAGUUACAUUGCUAAACCUGCUGCUUCAUGGCUUGAUGACUUCCUAAUUUGGAUGUCCCCUGAAGCAUUUGGAUGCUGUAGAAAAUUUGUGAAUGGAAGUUACUGCCCUCCAGACGAUCAGCCUCCAUGCUGCCAACUCGAUCAGGUUUCAGGCUCUUGCAUGACAAGCAAAACCUGCAGUAACUGUACAACGUGCUUCCUACACUCAGACUUGGAUAAUGGGCGUCCAUCCACAACCCAAUUCAGAGAUAAACUUCCAUGGUUUCUUGACGCACUUCCAUCGAGUGAUUGUUCUAAAGGGGGAAAAGGAGCUUAUUCAACAAGUUUAGACCUCAGUGGUUAUGAAAGUGGCAUUAUACAAGCUUCGGCAUUCCGAACAUACCAUACUCCCCUUAACAAGCAGAGUGACUAUGUUAACUCAAUGAGAGCUGCCCGGGACUUCAGUUCUAAAAUGUCCAGAGAUUUGCAGAUGAAAAUUUUCCCAUAUUCCGUGUUCUAUAUAUUUUUUGAGCAAUACCUGAGCGUGUGGAAGACAGCUAUCAUGAACAUAUGUGUUUGCCUUGGUACCAUUUUUGUUGUUUGCUUCAUAGUUACCAGCAGUUUAUGGGCUUCAGCAAUAAUUUUAACUGUGCUAGCAAUGAUAGUCUUGGAUAUGAUGGUAUGUUUGAUGUUCUUUUAAGAAUGCAUACUCUUGGAGUUUGAAUACAUUUGAGA